CUUUCCAAAGCGUUUCCCCUUGUUCCUCAGCAAGUCUUCCACGCAGGAGCGUUAAACUGAAAGUACCACGCAAUUCUUGACACCAUGGGACUCAGAAAUGACCCCAACUUCCAGAAACUGGAGAAAUGGUACCAAGAACAUGCUCUGCAUCUUAACAUGAGGAAAAUGUUUGAGGAAGACAAGGACAGAUUCCACAAAUUCAGCACAACACUGAAGACGGAUCAUGGAGACAUUCUGAUUGAUUACUCUAAGAAUCUCAUCACUGAGGAUGUCAUGAAGAUGUUGUUUGAACUGGGCAAGUCAAGGGGUAUUGAGAGCGCCAGGGACAAGAUGUUCAGUGGAGAAAAGAUCAACUUCACAGAGGGCCGUGCCGUGCUCCAUUUGGCUCUGAGGAACCGUUCCAACCAUCCCAUCAUGGUAGAUGGACAUGAUGUGAUGCCUGAAGUCAACAAGGUCCUGGAGAAGAUGAAGGGGUUCUGCCACAAAGUUCGCAGUGGUGAGUGGAAGGGUUGGACUGGAAAGUCCAUCACAGAUGUUGUCAACAUCGGCAUUGGUGGAUCUGACCUGGGCCCUCUGAUGGUGACUGAGGCUCUGAAAAACUAUUCCAAGGGAGGACCCCGUGUGCAUUUUGUAUCCAACAUUGAUGGCACGCACAUCGCCAAAACCCUUGCUGAGCUCAAUGCUGAGACCACCCUCUUUAUUGUGGCUUCAAAGACUUUCACAACCCAAGAGACCAUCACCAAUGCAACGUCUGCCAAGGAGUGGUUCCUUGAGCAUGCUAAAGAUAAAUCCGCUGUUGCAAAGCACUUCGUGGCUCUCUCAACUGCCGCCCCUUUAGUAAAAGCUUUUGGCAUUGACCUUGACAACAUGUUUGGCUUCUGGGAUUGGGUUGGUGGACGUUAUUCCUUGUGGUCUUGUAUUGGCUUGUCCAUUGCUCUACACAUCGGCUAUGAAAACUUUGAGAAGCUUCUUGAAGGCGCUCACUGGAUGGACAACCACUUUAAGACAGCACCUGUGGAGAAGAACGCUCCCAUUCUCCUGGCACUCCUGGGGAUUUGGUACAUCAACUUUUUUCAGGCCGAAACCCACGCCCUGCUGCCAUAUGACCAGUACAUGCACCGCUUCGCUGCCUACUUUCAACAGGGUGACAUGGAAUCCAAUGGAAAAUACAUUACUAUACAUGGCAAACGUGUCAACUACCACACCGGCCCCAUCGUAUGGGGAGAACCUGGCACCAAUGGACAGCACGCCUUCUACCAACUCAUCCACCAAGGAACCCGCAUGGUCCCUGCUGACUUUCUCAUCCCUGUUCAGACACAGCACCCAAUCAGGGAAGGUCUGCACCACAAGAUUCUUAUGGCCAACUUCCUGGCCCAGACUGAGGCUCUGAUGAAGGGAAAGACGACAGAGGAGGCUCGAAAGGAACUGGAGGCUAGUGGCCUGUCUGGAGAUGCUUUAGAAACCAUCCUGCCACACAAAGUAUUCCAGGGAAACAAGCCAACAAACUCAAUUGUCUUCAAGAAGCUGAACCCAUUUACACUGGGAGCACUUAUUGCUAUGUAUGAACACAAGAUCUUUAUCCAGGGUGUAAUGUGGGAGAUCAAUAGCUUUGACCAGUGGGGAGUUGAGCUGGGUAAGGCGCUGUGUAAAAAGAUUGAGCCUGAGCUGCAGGGCACAGAAGAGGUCCACUCCCACGACUCUUCCACCAACGGACUCAUAAACUUCAUCAAGAAGAACCACGCCUAAUGAGAGCACCCUCCUGUCCUCCCCAGCCCAGCCCCUUCUGAUUAGGCUGUCUGAACUGUAGUGAUGGUAGACCACAAAGAGGAACAGCAGCACUGUUUUAUCUGACAUCAUGUCUGCCUGUUGUGUCAUCUCACUUCGAAAUACCUAGGAAUGUUUUUGAGUAAUACUGAUUUAAAGGGAUUUGAAGGCUACUGUAAAGAGAUCCUGUGGAGUGCAGUGUAACUUACAUCCCGUACUGUCCAGUGUCACUGAUGGGGAAUGCGGAUUUUGAGAGAAGCGUCUUGUCCCUAAAUGAUUCUAGCCUGGAUUCAGUUCACAAGUAUGCAGAGAUGCAGACAAGCCUGCAGGAUAACAAUGGGAUUGUUAAAAACCCACCACAGCUGGCCGGGGGUGGUCAAGGAGUCCAAGCUAUUGGCCCCAGGAUAUGCCAGUGCACACCUGGGUAAAGUUCUGGCACAUUCUGUCCUACCUUUUGUUGUUGAUGUGUAAUAAAAGUAUGAAAACAAAGAAAUAA